UCGCACCGUUGACACUCGGUCCGCACGAUCCAACACUCGGCCGUCGCCCUCCCACAGCCCGCCCGCGGCAUGUGCAGGGGCUUGAAUCGCCGCGCGGGACCCCUUCGCCUUGCAGGGACCGUGAGAGCAUUGCCAGCCAUGUCAUGUCCAGCAAUCGCGACUCACCGUUCCCCGUGCCUACUUACGCAACAUCCACCGAGAUCAUCGGAGCUGGUACCAUAAAGACACAACGGCUAGCCUCACUCAGCCUCUUCCUCCCCAUCCCCGCCACCAAGCAUGGACAUGGAGGACAACUCGCUCCUCAACGCCAACGCCAAUAAUCUCAGCUACGGUGCGCGCGGCAACGGCUCCGGGGCCCGCACACCGACCAACGCCGCCAACGCUCCCCAGCCCGGCAGCCCCACCCUCAACGGCAGGGGAGUGCGCAUCGUCACUGAGGCGACAGCCGUCCUCGAGUCGGACGCUGUAUUGAUGCACAGCGAUCCCGCACCUGGCACCUUCCCUGUGCGCGGCUGGGACGUGACGGACACCGGCGGCGCCGGUCACCAUUUGUGCUACCGGGGCUCACCAUGGCGGUUGCUGGGCCGGGACCUUCGCUGGGUAGGUGGGCAUCUCUUCAUGCUCCCCUGGCUCGUGCUGCCGACGGGCUAUGACAACAGCUCGCCCGCCAAGUCGGGGUUUCUCUCGGUGUUCGCGCAGAUUGUUAUGAUCCCUAUCUCACUCAUAAUCACCAUCGGCUUCCUGACCAGCGCUGUUGUGGGCAUUCCUCCAAUGAUUCUCGCCCUCGGUAUCCUCCUCCUCUUUAUUUGGAUCGCAGAGAAGGCGCAGGGUGCAACAACGCGACUCGUAACCUCGGAUCAGGCCGUGGGCACUGACACGGAGGCAUGGUUUUUUGUCAAUGGCGUCAUGACGACCAACAGUGGCGCAGAGGAUGUAGCAGUCCGCCUGCAUGAUCUUUUCAAGCGCCCCAUCGUUGCUGUGCUCAACCGCUCCUUUGGGUUGUGGUUUGACCUUCUCGAAUGCAUGAUGCAGCGCGAUCUCCUGCUCACGACGAGCGACAUUCGUCAAGGAUACAAAACGGUUCGCAAGGCAGUCCUCGACCCUCGGCGCAAGCGCAUCGUCAUCAUUGGCCACUCGCAGGGCGGCAUCAUCACUUCGGCCUGGGUUGACAUGCUUCUCACUGACGUGCCCGCUGAGCUGCUCGCCCGCGUCGAGGUCUACACCUUCGCGUCUGCCGCAAACCACUUCUCGCGCCCUGCGGCGGCAGCGGACGGACGCGGCCAGACUUUCGCCCACGUCGAGCACUUUGCGAACGAGAACGACUUUGUCGCCCAAUUCGGUGUCCUCGGUUACGCACCAUUUCCCGGCAACGAGUUGAAUGAAGGCGACGAUUCACGCGACCCGCUCUGGCAGCCAUGCACGCCCGCCACGCCGGUUGCCGCGCAUGGGCGAGCGCCGUGGAGCGACGGCGGCGAGGAGUCUGAAGCGGAGGGCCCACAAGCCCCAAUCAUCGCGUAUGACCCCUCCCAGCUCUCGGUCAAGGACAAGCUGGUGCGCGCCCAGCCCGUAUUUGACGGCUGGCGUGGCGGCAUGCUCCCCAACGCCAUUGGUGACUUUGGAGGGCGUGUUUUCCUGCGCUUGAACCAUUCCGGACACCUUUAUAUGAGCCACUACAUCCAUCCGGAGAGCUCGAUCCUCAACGACCCCUUCGUGCGCAAACACUCGCAGCUGGUGACAUACCUUGGAGGGCAGAAUGUCAGAGAGUAGGGGAGGGGAGGCUGUUGCAUAACAAUUGGGCGAAAGGGAAGUGGACGUGCUGCUGCUCGUCGCGUCUGUGGACGAGCGGGCACAUUGGUAUGGUAUGCAGAACGAUGAGGAUGCAUGAGCGGAAACGGUGUGAGUGCCAGUC